AUGCUGAUAGCUAACAAUAGCAUUUUCAGCGAGCUCUUCCAAUGUCUCUGGCCGAUAGCAGGCCUCCUCAAUCAGUGGAAUAGUCCUUAAUUAGGAACAACAAACCCACUACACCUGCAUCUGCUCUACAUAAACACAUAUAUUGGACACAUCAAGCUGCCGUGCAGAAGCUCAAGCCGGCAGCUGGCAGCUGGCACCUCUGCAUGUGUGCACCUGUGUCUGUAUAGUUAGUGUGUAUGUUUCCAAGUCUGCAUGUGUAUGUGAGUGUGCGCCACCUUGGAUCCUCCUUGGAGCCGCACACAGCCCGGGCGCCCAGCCUUCGGCCCGGAGAUGCUGCAGACCAACAACUACUCCCUGGUGCUGCUGAUCCAGUUGAGCCUGUUGACCUUUGACCUGUUCGUCAACUCCUUCAGCGAGCUGCUGAGGGCCGCGCCCGUCGUCCAGCUGGUGCUCUUCAUGUAAGACCCGGGGAAGGAUGGGAGAGCCAGGGGGUAGACUCUGAUGUAAAUUAAUGAUUUAAAGCUUCUUCAUUUAAGCGGUAGAAAGAGUGGGAGAAAAAGGGUAUUGACACAAUGUAAAAAGCAGUGUUUCUCAACUCUGGUCCCUCAGCACAGUGUGCGUGUGUUCAUUUGUGUGUCUUCAUUCGUUUUAACGUAACUGUAACUAAAUGGAAGCUUCUCUCUCUCUCGCUCAGUAUCCAGGACAUAGCCAUCCUGUUUAACCUGAUCAUCAUUCUGCUGAUGCUGUUCAACACCUACGUGUUCCAGGUGGGCCUGGUGUCCUUGCUGCUGGAACGCUUCAGGGCCCUGCUGCUGCUCUCUGCCCUCUAUCUGACCCUGAGCAUCUCCCUACACUCCUGGAUCAUGGUACGCUGUGUGUGUGUCAAUUAAAAUCAAAGUUUAUUUGUCACGUACACAGUUUACAGCAGGUAUGAAUUAAGAGUUGAAAACAGCAGGUCUGGGACAGGUAGGGGUUCCAUAACCGCAGGCAGAACAGUUGAAACUGGAAUAGCAGCAAGGCCAGGCGGACUGGGGACAGCAAGGAGUCACCACGGCCGGUAGUCCCGACGUAUGGUCCUAGGGCUCAGGUCUCUCAGUUGGCUUUUCAUAGCCGAUCAUUAAGAGUUGAAAACAGCAGGUCUGGGACAGGUAGGGGUUUCGUAGCCGCAGGCAGAACAGUUGAAACUGGAAUAGCAGCAAGGCCAGGCGGACUGGGGACAGCAAGGUGUCAUCAUGCCCGGUAGUCCUGACGUAUGGUCCUAGGGCUCAGGUUCUCAGAGAGAAAGAGAGAACCAGAGAAUUAGAGAGAGCAUACUUAAAUUCACACAGGACACUGGAUAAGACAGGAGAAGUACUCCAGGUAUAACCAACUAACCCCAGCCCCCCGACACAUAAACUACUGCAGCAUAAAUACUGGAGGCUGAGACAGGAGCGGUAGUCAAUAUCAACAAUAAAAAGAGUCAAGUCAAAAAUAACAAGUAAGAGAGGUAGUAUGCAUAGUAAAAAUGGACUGUAUUUACACUGCAUUUACAAAUAUAAAGUGGGCAGUGAGUGACUUGGUCUAGCAGUGGAAUAAAUAGUAUUUAAUAGAACAACAGCGUUGACUGUGUGUGUAACACUCGCACUUGACUUUUUCCCCCCCUACUAGCACCGACUUUGUGAUUAGCUACUUCAUUGAGGAAAAAUGUACUUACUAUGACUGAGAUAUGUGAUUGUCCCACCAUAUGUGGUUGUCCCACCAUCACUAACUGUAAGUCACUCUGGAUAAGAGCGUCUGCUAAAUGACUAAAAUAUAAAAAUGUCAAGUGUGUGUGGGUGCUUCUGUGUGUGUGUGUGUUUAUGGAUGUGUAAGUUUUUGUUUAAGGGUUGGAUGUGUGGGUAGUCAGUGCAAAUAAUCUCUAAAGUGCAGAUCAUCUCUGAGGUUAAAAUAGUCUCUAAGGUGCAGGUCUGUGCAGGUAGACAUCUAGGGUUAGCUGUUCAGCAGUCUGAUGGCCUGGUGGUGCUAGCUGUCUCAGAGCCUCUUGUUCUGAGACCCGAUGCUCCGAUACCACUUGCCAGGUGGUAACAGAGUGAACAGUCCGUGGCUCAGUUGAUGAUCUUAACGGCCUUCCUUUGUGUGUGUGUGUGUUGUGAGAGAGAGAGAGAGAAUAUAGCUUACACUUUCUGACACAUGCACGUCCAUGUAUAUACUGCAUGUGCGCAUAUAUGUGUGAAGCCUGCGUGUGUGAGUGUGUGUAUUUUCUUGGGGAUAGUUCUGAUUUCUAGUUAUUAUAGAAAUAUGCACGUGUGUGAAGGUAUAGGAUCUGUUCAUAGCCUGGCGAUCAACAUUCAGUGAAUUUGAGGUUUGAGAGAAGUACUGUAGAGGAACUGAUCUUUCUUACAGGCAAUGGGGGAUUUAGCCUGAGCUGUGAUGUUCAGGAAACUCCCUGACAGCCCACUAUGACUGAGCUUUUGUCAUAGGUGGAUUCACUCCUAGCCACAAAUGAGAUGAGAGUGUACUUUAUUAAUCCCAAGGGGGAAAUUACAUUUGGCACUAACCUGAUAUGUGUAAAAGAUAUCUUAUUUUGUGGAUAUGGAAUUUCAAGUUUUCUGUAGGCCUCAGAAUUGUUUAUUACAUGUGUAUUAUCAUUUACUAUCAAUUUAUGGUUUAUUAUAUGUUUUAGUGAAAUAAUGCUAUCCCUCAAACUGUAAUAUGCAUUGGGUUGUGUCUAUCUCUGCAGAAUCUACGCUGGCUAAAAUCGAACCGCUAUGUGUGGACUGAUGGUCUCCAAGUGAUUUUUGUCUUCCAAAGAAUAGGUGAGGCUGUCUUUGGUCACACUCUUACUGAAACACAGUUUAGGAAACCUUUUUAGGCCUGAAACGCAAUCCAUCUUGGGUGCCUUCAUUGACUCAAAAAAGGUGGAGAUCAAUGCUACAUGGUAAAUACUUAUUGAAGGUGUGUAGUACUACAUCAGUCACACACACAUGCACGAACACACACACACACACACACACACACACACAGCUCUCACACUUUAUUUGUAUAGCGUAGUAGGUAGAUACCAAGUUGACCCUUGUGGGCCAUAUGGGUCUGAUUUUAAUUCCCUUUAUCUCCUAAUUGGUUAAGAGGAUUUAUAGUUUGUUGUUUGUUUGUUGUUGUCUUUUCUGUUUCAAAACCAAAUGACUUCAGUAUUUCAUUGGCGUGUGAUGUGUGUUUGUGUGCAGCGUCCGUGUUGUACUACUACUUCUACAAGCGCACCACAGAGUACCUGGGUGACCCUCGGCUCUAUGAAGACUCGCCUUGGCUCAGAGAUGCCUUUGCCAAUGCCAGGGCCCGCCAGUGAGCAAAGAGCAGUGUGUGGAGAUGAAACUGGUAUGGACAGAUCCAAAAUAGACCCCUCCCCGUCCCCCGGACACAGAGAGACACUGCUACGUGCAGAGCUGAAAUAGACGCUACAGUGCACAGUCCUGAGCUUAUAUGGAGGGAAGAACCAGAGGGAAGACCUCUGUGCUCUAUCAGACAUGGGUAAACUUUAACAAGGAGGGUGAAAAAUGAGAUUCUGCUUGGAUACAGCAAGCCACUUGUACUGUAAGAGGCAAACUGGUUUAGGGCCUUGAUUAAUGGACAGAAUGUUAUACCAAGAUGACUGUGAUGCUAAAAUGUGGGAACUCAUAGUUUGAUGUGACAUUGACACAACAAGUAGUAUUUUUUUUCCACACUUUGAAACCUUGUGACUGGGUUUGUCUGUGUUAUUUAGCUAUCAAUGCAAUUAUUGUCUUUGUUGUUUUUUAUGUGGGAUGAUUUGUGAGUUUGUGUGCCAGAUUUUCUUGUGAAGAUGACUGGAAAGAAAAACAAUGUUUUAUGUGUUUAAAAUGCUUACUUUUGUCCUGCUUUUUGUACAAAUGAAUUAAACAAAACCCAGACGAUGCACACACUGAUACA